CCUGAUUGCUACGGAAAGGGCUGACAACCACAGUUAUUUCCCUUCCUCAAUUUUCCAGUUCACUUGCUCAGUGCUGUCAGUUGUUUUUUGUUUGCCCUGCUAUAUAAACUUCACUCCGUCAUAAUCCCCUACUCCCCUAUCCAAUGAACUGUUUCUGUUACAGCUGCCAUUCUGUUGACUGGACCCUAACUUAGUCUUAUCAUUUUCACUUGAUAACUUUAUCCGUGUGCACUUUCUCGAAACUCAACUUAUCUUUGUCAAGACUCAGCUAAUCUCAGAACUAAAUGUUGCCUUAACAGACUUACUUGUCACUGCACUGGGCCCUCCUUUAAAUGCAAAUAUCAUAUGAGCAGCUGAUCGAUUUAUUGCUUGAACUGUGCAUCCUUUUUAAAAAUAAAUAAGGUCAAUUUUACUAUCGUGAAACUUAGUCACUGAAGACAACGCAAUCUGGCUGUGCCGGUUCCCCUCUGCCUAGAUCACUUAGAAUAUCCAUAGUUAGCAAUACUUUUAUCGUUUAAUGCAGCGAUAUAGCCAGUUAUCAAUGCUACAUAGUAGAUUUUAGCCUGUUCCAAUCAUCCUUAUAUCGCGUUAAUGGAAUUUAUGAAAUUGCCUACCGUUCAAAUCGCUCUCUGUUGUUAGCACCACACUGAUUAACUACGAUGUUCCAAUUUUUUAGAAUUAUGUCCGACAUAAUUCUAAUUUUUGCUGUUACAGCAGAUAGUUAUGGUGUAAUGGCACGCAGGAAUAAGUCAUCCCUGUCCUCCAAAAAGCCCAUGAAAAGGUAUUUGGUAAGCUAUGUCUUUUCCAAUAUCAAAUCCAAUGUAUCACAAUCUGUGGACUUUCUACUCAAAAACUAGAUUGAUUAAUUGAUAAUUCAUUGCUGAUUGUUCACGCGCCCUGUAUGGAAGUAUAUAAAUGGUAAUCCGCAUACUCCAGGAAGAAUUGAAGCAAUCUCAAAAGAAAAGAAGGGAAUCUGGAUCCUUCGUCGGAUCGUCAAAGAGCUUAGAGGGGAGCUCUACGCUUCACUGGCCAUGCAAAGCAGGGAGAGUGACGGAGGCGGAGGCACUGCUGGCUGCUGGAACGGACAUUAACAAGCUGGACAGAACGCAGUUUAACCCUUUCAUGGACGCGAUCAACUCAGGACAGGUCGACUGUGCUAGAUGGCUGCUGAGGCAAGACGGUUUAAAGCUUCAGACCGAGAUAUGGUCGUUUUGUAGGGAGAGGGUGCUAGAGUCAUUGCUAACAGCUUAACAGAAGGUAGGGAGAGCGAUCCAUGGCUGUCCCGAUAGACCCACUCAGACUCCUGCCGGAAGAUACUCCUCCGGUUGAUCCAGAUGAGACAGUUCUAGCAGAUGAUCAGUUACAGACUGAAGAACAUAUCCCGCAGAUCAAUGCGUCAACAUCUGCAAAUGAAGCUGAUAUCAGAAUCGACAUGAUGAUGGUACUACACGAGAUGCUCAUGGAAAAGGUCUCCGUUUGCUUUCCUCCUCCCACGAGCAGUACAAAGUGUGGGUUCAACUUUAAUCUGAUAGAAGAUAUCGUAUGCGGAACCCAAGCCCGGCCAUGUCUGUACAUAAUAACGAAAGAAACCGGUUAUGCUGCGAGGGCGUUUACCUCGAUAGAUGUUGAAAAUGCCCACAGCAUUAUAAAUCAUUUGGACCGCCGAGGGGUCCAAAACUCCUCAAUCGAAGAGCUUAGUAGACAUGCCAGCAACCUACAGAGACUUCAAAUUCUCAGGAAACCUCUCUAGGACGGAAGCUUUAUACUCCGACAUCCACAAUUUACUACGCCCCUGAGAUCGACAAAGGUCUUUCUGAUAGAUUGACUUCCAGCCAAUUCGAUCUAUCGAAGCCGAGUGGGAAGAACAAAGAACUGAAACCCCAUGGUCGCAACGAUGCUCCUCGCGGACAAGGGAGAGUUAGGGCCAUCGGUGGUCACAAGACUGGAUAAUAUUUAUUUUUUAAGCGUUGAGGUUGUCACGAAAGCGUACUGUAACGGGACUAUCAGAUUUGAGUGAUUUGAUUUUGUGAUUUGCAGUUCACGUGAUUUUAUUGUGAUUUUAGACUGUAAAAACUAUAAAGGUUCAAGUUGAACUAUCGUCGCCAUGAUUAUGUAUUUUGGAACUGUUCACGUUGAAAUUGCUUCGUUAA